AGACACAAUUCAGUUCACAAGAGCCAGCAGCUCAUGUCCAGUGCCACAAUGGUGUCCGUUAGCAACUCCAACACAACAUACCUGCCACAACAGGUUCAUCUCUCCUUCAAUCACUUGCAGUCCAGUGAUGUUGACCCCACCUGUGUUUAUUGGCCGGAUGAGAAUGGACCGGGGGUGUGGUCUGGGAGGGGUUGCACCUUAGUGAUUUCGAACUCCACCCACACUAAUGUGCUCCUGCAACCAUCUCAGCACAUUCGCUCUGCUGAAGGGAAUCCAUCAGGGACAGGGAAGCGAGCAGCUGUCGUUGAUGAUGUGGCGCUACUCAAGGACCAAGGAGCAAGAGUUACUAGAUGUGCGAAUGGCUUUACUCAACCGAAUUCCAAUCCAGAGUUUAUGAAUUGUAUUGACAUAGAUGAGUGUGUUGAGAACCAACAUUUUUGUGGGGAACGGGGAAUCUGUGUCAAUCAGCUGGGCAGCUACCUGUGCAAGUGUCCCACAGGAUUCAUUAACUACGGCAACAGACAAACUCAGUGUGCAGAGCUUAAUUGUGACCAGUAUGAAACACAGCCUGGACAGACUCUACCAGGCUUUGAUAGUUUCUUGUCUAUGUUGAAAAAGAAAUGUUUGGUGUUGAACAGCUCUACGUUACCUGGACCGACAAGACUGCUGCCAACUGGAGAUGUGCUUUUGACAUUACUGGUUAAUACCACUGAUGUUGUUCAACUGGGCCUCCAGUCCAAUGGUCACCGUAGUAGCAGUGAAGUGACUAAGUUACUGAGGACGAUUGAAAUCUCAUUCAGACUGAUCGCUCCACUGCUGACAGAGAACGUGACCAGGAUAGAGACCAACCACACCGAGGUUGAGAUUAUGGUGAGGAGAGACAAGACUCCACCUAAAGGACCAGUCAGCCUGACCAAUGAGAACACUCAACUUGACACCACCUGGGAGACGGUGGUUGGAGAUUACCAGAAUUACCUAGGGUUUGCGUAUGUCGUUCUGCUCAGCUAUAGGAAUCUGGAUAGUCUGAAGGACAACACUUCUCAUCAGAGCCAGCAGCUCAUGUCCAGUGCUGCAACAGUUUCCGUUAGCAACUCCAACACAACAUACCUGCCCCAACAGGUUAAUCUCACCUUCCAUCACCUGCAGUCCAGUGAUGUUGACCCCACCUGUGUUUAUUGGUCGGAUGAGAAUGGACCAGGGGUGUGGUCUGGGAGGGGUUGCACCUUAGUGAUUUCGAACUCCACCCACACUGUGUGCUCCUGCAACCAUCUCAGCACAUUCGCUCUGCUGAAGGGAAUCCAUCACGGACAGGGAAGCGGGCAGCUGUCGUUGGUGAUGUGGGUGGGUGUUUUUGUGGCACUGACCUGUGUGUUCCUGUCCCUGAUCACCACCCUGUGGUGUCGCUUUGUCAGCCGCAAACGCCGUGGAGGACACCGGCUGCAACAGGAUGUACAGCUACAUAGAAAAUAAGAGAUGGAUUUGAACUAUUUGUGUUCUAAGAAAAGCUUUACUUGGAAUUAAUUUGUAACAUUGUCUCUUGGCUUGCAAGGACAUCCACAUGCCAGCAUUUUUUUUUUAAAUUAAGUAUUAUAAAAAUGUAUCAAAAAAACAAAAAUAUAAGAACACAACUUUAUAUUAAUAGAUAUACAAUAUCUCAUGUAUAGAACUCUUAUUAGUUCUAGACUGUAGCAUAUGAGCUCUUAACUAUAUGUCAAAAUACACGAGUUUUACUUAUAAUUUGUGUCAUGAAUUUUCCUAGAAUAGUGGUAUAUCCACCCAACGCUGCAUUUGUCCAGUAUCAAGCCAGUUUGUUGUUGUUGUAACUAUUUUCUGAGAGCUAAUCAAGUGAAAAUAAUAUUUGGCCCCGUCAUUCAAUCAUCUUGCAAUAUUUUGCUCCAAUCUGAUUCAAAUAUUGGUCCCUUUCUUCCGCAAUAAAGCUAUACCAUACUGAAAGUA